UUCACUGCGGAGUCGCGCGGCGGUCUUUCGGUGGAAGUGCAGCGUCAACAGUCGUGGGAGGCGGGGGGGAAGGAGAAGGAAAAAAAAAAUUGGAUUGUAAUAACACUCCGCCUUCUGCACCGAUGGACGCCACCGUCAACCUGCAGCACGACAGCUCCCUGGUCGGCUUGUCCAGUGGCGGGAUGGACCAACUCAGUAGUUCGGGCAAACGCAUCCGCAAGCCGUCGCUGCUCUACGAGGACUUUGAGAGCCCGUCUCUGCCGCCGCACGCCACGCCUCAGGGCCCGCCGGUCGCCCCGCAGCCCCCGGUGAAGGACCCGAGCCGGCCGGGCCUCGUGACCAACCAGCUGCAGUUCCUCCAGAGGACCCUGAUGAAGUACCUGUGGCGGCAUCAGUUCUCCUGGCCUUUCCGCGAGCCGGUGGACGCCUACAGGCUCAACCUACCGGAUUACCAUAAAAUAAUCAAACAGCCCAUGGACAUGGGGACCAUCAAGAAGCGCCUGGAGAACAACUUCUACCGCAGUGCCAGUGAGUGCAUACAGGACUUCAACACAAUGUUCACCAACUGCUACAUCUACAACAAGCCCACGGAUGACAUUGUGCUGAUGGCUCAGCCCUUGGAGAAGAUCUUUCUCCAGAAGGUGGCCCAGAUGCCCGAGGACGAAAUUGAGCUGCCUCCUCCAGCUCCUCGAAGCAAGAACAGUCGGGGACGAGGGCGCAAAUCUCACUCGAGGGCUCAGCAGGUGCCCGCCGUGUCCCAGUCGGCUUACUCCCCGUCUUCCUCGGACACUGGGGAGUCCAUGGUGGCCGACUCUCCCCAGACCGUGCUGUCCAAAAGCCUGCCUCCGGCCAACAUCAUGGGCCUGCCCCCUACACAGCCCACAACCAAGAAAAAAGGUGUAAAACGUAAGGCAGACACCACCACCCCCUCCACCAUGGGCUUGAGCGUGGGCAUGUCGGGACCAACGCACAUGGUGGGCUUGGGGAAAGGAGGCCACGGGGGCCAGGUCCACGACACCUCCGUGCACACCAUCUCCGACAUGGGCUUGGAGACUCCGCCCGGCAUGGGCCUGGUCAGAAGCCCCGGAGGUCCCGUCCUGCUGCAGCCCAUGAUGGUAGGCGGCGGCGGACGCAGAGUGGGCAGCGGACGCCCCAUCAAGCCCCCCGUCAAGGACUUGCCCGACUCGGUGCAGGCUCAGCCCUCUAAGAAGGGCAAGCUGAGCCCUCAGCUGAGGUACUGCAGCGGGCUGCUGAAGGACAUGUUGUCAAAGAAACACGCGGCGUACGCCUGGCCUUUCUACGCGCCUGUGGACGCGGCGGCGCUGGGACUUCACGACUAUCACGACAUCGUCAAGUGCGCCAUGGACCUCGGCAACAUCAAGAGGAAGAUGGACUGUCGUGAAUACAGGGACGCGCAACAGUUUUCUAGCGAUGUCAGAAUCAUGUUCUCCAACUGCUACAAGUACAACCCGCCGGACCACGACGUGGUGGGCAUGGCCCGGAAGCUGCAGGACGUGUUCGAGUUCCGUUUCGCCAAGAUGCCGGACGUACCGACGCACGCGGACCACGCGGCCACGUCGCCGGGCGGCCGCCCGACGUCCUCCUCGUCCUCCUCUUCCUCCUCCUCGUCCUCCUCGUCCACGUCGGAGAGCGAGCCCAGCAGCGAGAGCGAGGACAGCGAGAGCAGCCGCAACUCGGACAGCGAGGAGGAGCGAGCGCAACGCUUGGCCGAGUUACAGGACCAGGUGUGCACACAACUCAAAGCCAUGCACGAGCAGCUGGCCGCCCUCUCCCAAGGCCCCAUCGUCAAGGCCAAGAAGAAGAAGGAGAAGAAGGAGAAAAAGAAGAAAAAGAAGAAGCUGGAGAAGCGAAGUCGAGCCGUCAGAAGCAAAGCCGACUCCGAGGAAUGGAAGAUGCCCGGCAAGCUGCUGAAGACGAAGUCCGCCCGCGCGGGCGGGUCCCGGCCGAAGAAGAGCGCGGGGAAGAAGAGCAGCAAGAACAGCAGCGCCCAGAAGAAGUCGUUCUACGCCCCGCUGCCCACCUCCAUGCUGCCGCACUACGACUCCGAGGAGGAGGAGGAGAUCGUGCCCAUGUCCUACGACGAGAAGCGCCAGCUGAGCCUCGACAUCAACAAGCUGCCGGGCGAGAAGCUGGGCCGCGUGGUCCACAUCAUCCAGUCCCGGGAGCCGUCGCUGCGGGACACCAACCCCGAGGAGAUCGAGAUCGACUUCGAGACGCUGAAGCCGUCGACGCUGAAGGAGCUGGAGCGCUACGUCAUGACCUGCCUGAGGAAGAAGCCCCGCAAGCCGUACGCCGAUCCAGGCGCAGCGGGAGGGAAAGGCGGCGUGGGCAAGUCCAAAGAGGAGGUGGCUCUGGAGAAGAGGAGGGAGCUGGAGAGGAGGCUGCAGGACGUCAGCGGGCAACUCAACUCGGUCAAGAAACCUUCCAAAUCCAAAGUGGAGAAGCCGAGCGCUGCGGAGGCUCGCACGGAGCCGACGCGCCUCAGCGGCAGCAGCUCCAGCUCCAACUCCUCCUCCUCUUCGUCCUCCUCCUCCUCCUCAGACACCAGCGAGUCAGACUCCGGUUGAGGAUCCUCGGCACGAGCUAAGAGCGAACACGCUAAUGACUCAGGGACUUGGGCUGGCCCAGGACACACGACACCCCCCGAAACGGGAGUGGGCUGAGAUAUUAGACAACAACAACAACAACAACAAAACACUCCAAUUGGACUCGUAAAAUUUUUUAUUGUUUUUAAAAUGUGGGACGGAGGGACGUGAAACCACUCCUCUGUGGAUAAGCGAAGGAAAUGAAACACUAAAUGCCUUGGUUUCCCCCCUCAGCCCCCCUUUUUGUAAAUACUUGUACAAAUGUAUGUUUCUUUUAUAAAGAAAAAUUUUAUGGUGAUCCCCCAAAGAGGGAAGCGAAGUAAUAAUAAUAAAAAAAGACAACGGAUGUUGACAGACGGGCCCUAACGCCGCGCGGUGAGCGACAGGAAGAGCGGAUUUAUUUGUGUUCUUCACCAACGUUUCCUCGGACAUUACCGGAGUUGGAACCGGCAACCUUUUCCUGUCACACGCCUUGCUUUUCCGUCAUCAUCUGGCCUCCUGCCACUCUUCAUAUUUAAAUCCCCCCCCCCGAGACUCGGCCUUAAUCUUUCAAAUUGUUAUCGGUUCGAUUAUCUGGAAAAAUACUUACACUUUUUUUAUUUUUUAAAGAAGAAGCCGCUUAUAAAAAAAGCAAACCUGUGGUAUCGGCCAUCUUCAGGUCAAAGUUUGAGUUCUGGAUCAUUCCUCUUUUUCCUCUGUUUGCACAAGUUGUUCCUGCAGUUAAAUCUCAGAUCAGCUCCAUUCUGUUUUUACAGCAUGUCGUUCUCGUGGUUUUUGAAAACAGCGUGGGGUUCAUAGUACAGUAUAGACGGCUUUACGUACUGUAGUUAUAAAGUGUGCGAUGACGUAACAUAAAUCAUUCAGUCGGGCCUCCAGCGAUCUCUAGAAGUCCAACAGCCGGCCGUCUUCACGCGACACUAUUCUGAAAUCAACGCGCCGGGCCGUAGCUUAAGAGCGCGUGUUUUGGUUUCACGAGAGCCGAUGAACACUUCCGGGCUUCAGAUUGUCGUGAGGGGGGAUCGGGUGGGGGUUCUAGUUUCCAUAUGAAGCUCCUGAUGGUGUGACGUGUUGCAUCCCUAGCACUUAGAAAACUCCGUGACGGUUUCUUGAGGAAAUCUCUCCGCCGCUCUUAAAGAGACGACGAAGUCAUGCGUUGUUGAAGCUAUUGUUGACUGUUCAGUGAAAGAAUAUAUGCUUGUAUAUACUUCGACUGUAUUUUGCUGUUGCACAAACUAUCGUAUUUCUGCUGUUCACGCUUUCCUUUCUUUUUUUCUUUUCUUUUCUUCACGCUGUUACUCCUCAUUCCAUGUUACUGUCUUGAGUUUAUUCCCGAGGAGAGUUCACGUGAAGCGCCGCUGCCUCUCUGAAGCACUCCUUUUCAUUUUAUGUCAAGUGUGUUUAUUAAAAUAUUCUCUUCUGUAGAAACGGA